UCGUCUCGGACGGAUUACAUCGCGUCAGUCCGAGUAAACGUCUAGUACUUUGUAGUCUCGUAAGAAUUCUUUCGGAUGACAGUGGGUAUUCAUUGGGCGGGGGUGUGAACGGGGGCCGUGUGGACGUGUAUCUAGUGGUACGGGUACAAACCAGGAUUCGUGGAUUCGCCUCUGUCGACGAGUUACUCGAAUUUAUCGGCGGUGUAUCGUGGUAAUAGAUUUCCGGGUGUUAAUACGAUUUUUGCUCACUGAAAUGCGUAUUGGCGCUAGCAGCGUUAUGGUGAUGUGGAUUAUUCACUAAUAUGAUUUACGACGUAUUACGCGCGACUCACAAUGCACAUAAUGUGAAGCAUAAUUUAUUAAUUUUACUAAUGGCUCAUGCCCAUUAUUAUUGAUUCCGCGUUACAGCGCGCUUCGAUGACCAAUGAUUUACGCGAGGUCGCGACUAACUGCUGUUAAAAUGGCACUGUGGAGAAGCUCUGGACAAGAACGGUACAUCGGGACUCCCGUUUGUACGAUAUACGCAGUUUUCUGGUCGAGCUCACAGAUGGCGCGACGAGCAAACGUCGAGCGAGAGGCGGGCAUGUUUUGUAAUUAUCGCCGAUUGGAAAAUCGACAAAGUAAAAGUCGCCUCGUUGACUUCGAGUCUCAAAGUGAAGAGAGGCCGAAACGUAAAGAAAGCAAAUCUCGCUCGUCUCAAUCGAAAACACUGGAGAGUUCCUCCUUUCAGUGAACUUUUACGCGUUUUGCCAGCGGCGUGAAAAAUAAUUAGCCGAUCCAUCGAUAAACAAUCACCGUGGCGAAACGGCUUCACAGAGGAGCAAUAAUUAAUAUAACAAAUUGACGUGUGUUUGAUGUCGGAGAAAUGCCGGCAGCCUGUAUUAAUCGUUAAUACAAAGGGACGAGAGACAGUAAAACAUUAGAGAGCCGUGAAGUUGCUCCAAGAGGAAGCUCAAGUCAAAGGUUCGGCUGGUUGGCAGCGCUGAAAGCUCAAGGCGCACGUACAGUGAAAACACGUAGACCUAACCUAUAUCGUAAAUACAGACAGACAGCCAACUUCAGGCCAACCAAGGUACAGGAGUGGCUCCUUCUCUGUCUAUACGGAUCGUUCGGUUUUGUUCUGUUAUGUUGGUUGCCUGCAGACUGGCUUGCUUUUCGUAUAUCUCGACACUCCGACAGCUCUUUCAUCUGCGGAUGAUUACGAACGACUCCCGCUACUGUCUAAACAGGCGACGCACCUGAACCUGGAAAAUAAUCAUCGGCGUUUCUCUCAUCAUGAAAACAUCAAGUAUGCCUGAUAUUUUCCCAUGCCGAUGCGAACCAUCAGUCCCGGGUACUUCGCUCAAGAUGAUGGAAGAAAUUUAUUAAAAAUUGAGACAUCGCACUAGGCUUGUAAAAUAAAAUCGAUAAUAAAAAAUUU